AUGGUACUUACCUACUACGAUCUUACGCUACAGGCUUACAGAUCACCGUAUCGUCUUUAUCGACCAUAUCAAUUGGAUGUUCAACAAACAACCAUUCCUAGCAGUUCAACAACAGCUCGUCAUCGUACUCCAAAUCUUGAUAUUUUAUCAGAAAUUAAUCGACGAUCUAGACGACUCGAACGUAUUGUAUCUUAUCAAAAAAUUUUAGCAAUUACUCAG